GCAACACGAGUGCGAGGGCCCCGAAUAGUAACGUAAUGAUGGUUUAAGAAGAACAAGUUCCAGCGUUACUCUGAAAAAUACUUUUAUAGCAGCCUGGUAAAUUAUUUAAUAAGUUUUGGAAGGCACAGUUUUAACUGUUAGCAUGUUUCCAUCUUCUAGCAGGGUGAAACUCAACAGAGUUGCGCUAAAAGACGUUGUUGGGUUACAGCUGACCCCGCGGCGGAGACGAGUCCCAAAGUUACUGAAUAGAAUUUCGGCUGAAAGCAAAAAACAAGAGAAAAACUUUGAUUCCGUGCAGCUAAUUUCAGAGAAAGAUAUGGUGUCACCUCCGGGCAGCAAUGAACCCGACCAAAACUUAACGCACACAAUGGGUUCCGAAAAGAAGACACAGCCGCCGAGCACUCACGACGAGGAGGAGCCGGAGGAGAAUGGCUCAGAUGUUGGUAGACAUAAAGAGCCAAACCUCUCCGGUCUUACUGGUUCAGAAGUGUUACUAAGAAGAGCCGUCGGAGCCUCCCACUGUGGUGUCUGUGGGGAAUGUAAAUACACUUCCCCUCAGCGCAAGGCGCCGGGUAAGCUAAAAAGAGCUAGCCCAGGGUCAGAGCCACCUGCUACUCAGUCAGAAAUCGAAAAAGAAAACACAAUCACUCAGAGCUCUAAGAAGAUUAUCGUGUGGAUAAACCAGUAUCCCAAAGUGAUCCUUUGUGACGUUGCCAAAAAAUGUGAAGCUUGCGGUCACGAUUGUGGGUAUGUGUUACCGGAUGCUCUCGAGAACAAGGUUGUGCGUUGCUUCCAGCAGGAGAUGAGAGCUUCAAUACGGUUUUGGCCUACUUGUUUAAGGCAUAAUGAAUCAGAAACUGAGAAAAAGGCUCUGUUUAAAAGUAGCAAGUGUUGUCCAAGUGCUCAGGAUGAGAAGACCGUCUGUCAGUCUCAAAGUCUGAUCCGCCAGAACCACCUGGAUGAAGGCAUGCAUUCACAGCCAUUAUCCCAUCAUACCGUGAGUCCUUUCCACCGGAGUCAGACAGGCGAAGACUCUGCAACUUGUUCUGCUUCUUUUUUACUAGAUGAGCAUACAAAGACAGGCAACUGCAGAGGUGGCAUGCGUGACAGAGAUGCUGAAGUGGACCUUGGUCCAGGAUCAGAUCCAGUAAGCCCAGAGACUUGUAGAGAAAAAGGAAAGGUAGGGGAUAGCAUUGAGUGCAGCAGCACUUUGGACUUUGCGCCCACCGAUAAGUGUAGCGCUUCAGGUGGUCAGAAAGGCGAUCCCACAAAUGCUGAUGGAUCACACGUGUUGUCAGAUCUCAUCGAUCAUGUUAGUGACGAGGAUACAGAUGCACCAGAGUCGUACACUUGCCAGAGAGUAAGGGCGUAUUUGAGAAAAAUACAUUUUUCAUGUGCACGCACUUACAUGGCCUGGCCUUUCUCAAAGACUUGCACAGCAAAUGCUUCUACCACAGCAGGGACUAUUGAUCCAUCAGCAAAGGAUGGGAUUGACUCUGCAACAGCUAAUCAAAGUAUGCCAGGUUCAUCCAGUAACCUGUUCAAGGACAUUCCCCCGAGGGCACCUACAGAGAAAUGGGAAGAGGAUGGAGAAAGCGCUUUUGCUCAGGGAAAUGAGAAAAGGCACAGAAAAGACAUGGAGACCUCACCGCUGUUUAACCAGCCUGAAGAGUUAGAAACCAGGCCUAAUUCAGAUACGGCAUCAUUCCCCCCUCCAGCUCAGUGUGGAAGGGAGCGUGGCACUGAUGGAGUCUCAGCCUCGGCUUUGCUAGUUAAUGGACCAGAAACUGUCACCUCCAUAUCGACCCCUUCCCCCUCAGUCCUCGGCCUGAGUGACUGGGACACUGCCACCACUCUGUCUCUUAUGUCAUCUCCAUUCACACAGGGCAGCAUGAGCAGCCUCUCAGCCACAACAUCUUCUCUCCCACCUUCAUCGCUUAUUCCCAAGAGAGUCAAUGUUGCUGACAAAAUAUUGUCCUCCUGUGAAGAAGCCCAAACAGCUUCUUCCUCUCCCAAUGUUCCUCUGCACAGCCCUGACUCCUUUCAUACAUGUGAAUCCUUUGUCCUUCCUCAAGAUGAAUAUGAAAAUGACAAGGAACCAUUCCCAUGCAGGAGCCCCCCCAGACUGGACCCAUAUUAUUGUGCAAGUUCGUUUAGGGGCAAUGCUUCAGUGGGUUCACUAUUGUGCAGCAUCUCCCAGGAACACUGCGUAGAGUCAGACUUGAAUGAAUUCAUGCUUCCACCUUUGCUCUCCCCUGUCCAUUCACCACAACGGCAGUUGUGCCAGAGAAGCUUCUCGUGCUGCAGCUCAAGCAGUACAGAUGAGGAAGAAAUGAACAAAGAUGUGAGCAACUUGCCACAAAAUGAUAAUUGCAAGGAUUGUCUUGAGCACCAUAUUGAAGAGUUGGAAAGAGACUUGUCAGACUUUACAACUCCUGAGACACCAAGGGAACCUCAGUCUUCUCCCAGCAGUGAAGAAGAAAGUGAUGACGAGGAUGAUGUGGAGCAGGGUAACCGAAUUUCAGAACAAGUUUCCUUACAUCGUAAAAUAAAGCCGAGCCUUAGCUCAGGUGUUCUGACAGAGCCCUGCUCUUCUUCCUGCAGCGACGAAAAGAACGGUGCGGCCUUGAGUGAUGGAGAAUCACACUCAGACACAGAAGAGGGAUCAAGCCCGUCUAAAAUAGCAAACAGCGAAGAGGAUAAAACCCAAGGAGAAGCAGCUGGUGAUUCUCAGCCUGGCAUUUUGGACGAGUUAACAGCCUACGAACAGGACAUCCUGCUUGUUGACGUGAUCCAGGACGACCCAGAACUGUUUGACAACCUGCCUGAUCAAAGUUUGCUGAAGCUGGGUCCUACCCGAGCUGCCGAGGCUCCGGGAACCAAACCUGCUGCUGUGGUGAAUACUCCAAGAAGAGAUGGAGCGUCACAGGAGCUGCAAGAGAGAUUGGCUCCAGUUACUGUGGAUUUGCCUUGUGACAGUCCCAAUAACACAGAGGAGAGUAACAGCAGGCCAUGGAGACCUCAUUCUAGCAGCACCCAUACUGGAACACAGAGCGACACAUGCCCUACCUCCACUGAGAAGCAAAGCAAACAUGUGGUUCAAUCUGAUACCAACAGCAGUCAUGUAAAUAGUGGCCCAGAAAGGAGCCAGCCCAUCAAGACGGUGAACUCCUUUCAAAACAUCCCCCCACUCAUGUCCAUGGGAACCGCAGGGGCAUGGAUCACAAACUCCGCAAACAUGAUGGAUUUUAGGCGCCUGAAAUCAAGUUCUUACUGCAGGCUGUACUUCAGUGAAUCACUGACCUGCGGGUUCAAAAUGUGUCGCUUCCAACAUCUGCCUAUGGAGGGGGAUGAAAAGUUUUGUAUUGAAAACGUGACAAGAUUCAUCAAAAAUCCAACGUGCCUUCAGAAAGCAGGAGCUGUGUUUACAGGAUAUUACCAGAAAAACCCGCCAGGAGUGUAUUUCUCUUUGCCGAUAUUUUUCUCCCUCCUCUGGGCUCUGCUGAAAGCUGGCAUGUUGUCCGAGGUCUUUUCCGUCCUCAGUGUUGGCUUGGCUCACAACAUAGUGCCCAGCCACGAGUUCCUCCUCUCCCUUUUUAACUGCGUGAGAGAAAAGGGUGUGAUGGGCUUUGUGCCUGAACUCAUGCAGCUCACUUUCAAGAUGGCCAACGCUGGACUAGAGCUGAGUUUGGACUGCCUCGACUGUGUAAGGAACACUCCUCUUUUCCAGCAAAUGAUUCAUCCAAACUCGCCUUCGGUGUCCGGCAACAACAAGGUUUCCUCUGGUGCACCGUUUCCAGAGUACCUGAAUUUAGCCCAUUCCAUUGUGGAAAUGGAGCUUUGUAUGAAACAAGAGGACUGGAGGAGGAUAGGUGAGGUUUUUAGAGGGAUCUGCCAGUCCAACCAGCACCCCAGCCAAGUGGAGCGCAUCAGUGGUCGCAUUGCUGUCGCGCUCCUGUCUGAGGGCAAAGACAAGCUGUCACUGCCCUUUUCUGUAUUUGCUGAGACAGUGUGUCAGAAUGAAAGUGAGGACAGCAUGGUGAGGAGUUUCGUAGGCAGAAUUGGAGUCUCUCUGAUGUUACGGUACCACAAAACGCAUCAGUGGGCCAAGGGUCGCAGGGUGGUCGAGACGCUGUCUGUUUUAAAAGUCGGCUUCUCAACUCUGAAAGGUCUGUUUGGGAACGAGGACGGAGCGUCACGAUGCUGCCUGAUCACUGUGGCUGCAGAGGUCUUCCUCCUGAGUGGCAGCGUGGAGGGAGCUCUGAACACACUCCGAGAAAACAAGUGGUUCCUGAGUUCGUCCUCAUGGCCGUGUGAGCCUGCCGAUCUGGAGAGUAGGACUCGUGUGCUGAUACGUCUGGCUGAAAAAACCUCUCACAGAGACACGCUGGAGCUUCUCUGUAAUCUUCCUGGAGUUAAAGAGUCAAGUGACUCGAUGGAUAUCUCCAGGUACAGCCCCUUGUUUAACUCUCACCUUCAAGUGUGUGUGGACAGGCAGAUACUUCCUGUGGCUUCAGACACGGUGGACUUUAUGCUCUCUAAAAACCUGGCUGUUGACCACACAGUGCUUCGGAUACUUUUACAGAAACUGGGCAAGCAAAACCUCUGGCUCCGGGCUCGGGAAGUCUUCAAACAUUCUCUGAGUGUGGGCUACUACCCUGGAGUCUCAGCUCCCCCUGGUUUCAUGACACUGAUUGUCCCCUGUCGACUGGGGGAGGUGGAGCUGGCUCUCACCUUCGAGAUGUUCAUCACUGUCAACGCAACAGUCAUUCACCACCUAUCAGAGCCCAUUACUUCUCUCACCAUUACUCUCAAAAGGACUCAAAGCUGUGAGAGCGAGUACCUCUCUGCUGGCAGCCGCCUCCUCUCUGCAGCUUGUAUCCCUCAGCCCAAACUAAUAGUCCAUUACACAGCAGUCAACUCAGAACAAGAACAAGUGUUCAUGCUGGACGUUCCCUCUGCCCGCCGCUGGCUCCGCCACAAUCAUCUGUGGGCCCAUGAGGUGUGGACACACUAAACCACCAGCUGUUUAUUUCUUUGCUGUCUACAGAACUCCUUCUCUUUCCUUUAGAAACUGCUUGUGCUCAACAGCCGCUGACUCUCAGGAAAACAACCAAUGAAAUCAGGAAUAUGAAAGAUUGCAUAUUUCUUGGUCAUGUUUCAAUUGACUUGAACUGAGGAGCAGAAAAACACAAAGACCAAAAACUACUAUUCUUUUCUUUCUUUCUUUCUAUCUUUAUUUUUUUUUGGUUCAGAGUAGUUUUAAAAUAGGUUAAGAGGUUGUUUCCUGAGUUCUUUUAGCUGAUUUGUCAAUCUGUUUGUGAGAUUGACUCUUUGAAAGCAAAAACUCUGUUUAGGAACAGAGUCCAGCAUGUUUGUUGCACGAUUGUGUUUACUUCAUUGUAAAUAACAUCUGAGUGUAAAUAGGUAUAUAUUUAUAAUGGUGUUUAGUCUUUGACAGUAUUAUGUUGUUAUAUUAAUGUCAAAACCUCAAUUGUUGCCAGUUAAGGAGCUGUGAUUUACCUUUUCUUUGUAUGAAGUUUUU